AUGGAUGUAGACGAGCUAUCAAAAAUGAUUUAUCUGAAAAACAAGAAUAAUUCAAAAAAUUUAGAUGAUAUAUCAGCUCCUAUACUUAUAACAUCCAUCAAGGGAUUAAAAUGCUUUACUUCCUUUGCAUCAUUUCAUGAAAAUUUGAUUGAAUCUAAUAAUAUGUUAGCUUUUGGACGUGAAAUAUCAAAGAAUCUGAAUACAUCAGUUCAUCAAUUUUAUGAAAGUUCAAUCAAUUUUGAUAAUAUAUUAGCUCCUAAUCGUGCAAUAUAG